AUGCCAAUUCAGAUCACACCGUCCCUUGUCCGGGAUGCGCAUGCACUAACUGGGUCUAAGCGACCAUCUUCCAAAGAGAAUGAUUUUCGUGGAAUAGUAGUUCCGGGCGAGGUUGUCUUCACAUCAGGCGCUAACCUAAUCACAGGUCACGGUACUUAUCGUCUAGAUGAGAUGGGUGGAGUAACUGAUGCUAUGCUCACAUCUUCAAAUGCCGACCAAUCUGAACACCCGACAGAGGAAAUUACCAAUCUACCCAUGUAUGCGUCAUUAAGCGGUCGUAUGAAGUCGGUAAAUAAAUUAGUUUAUGUUGAACCACCAAAUGCAAGGUACUCAGGCAAUGUUGGUGAUACUGUUGUAGGGAGAAUCGUUGAGGUGGAACAGAAACGUUGGAAGGUUGAUGUAAACUCUUAUCGGCUAGCUAAUCUCUCCUUGGCAAAUGUGAAGCUACCAACAGGAGAACUGCGUCGAAAAUCAGAAGACGAUGAACGUGCAAUGCGAUCUUUCAUGAGAGAAGGCGAUUUGAUAGUAGCCGAAGUCCGUGAGAUCUACCGUGACGGAAGCCUUCAACUCCACAUGCCAGGCAUGCGGACGGGCCGACUGGGUGAAGGCCUAGUUCUUCGUUUGCCUCCUAGUCUCAUCCGCCGUCAAAAGAUCCACAGACAUCAACUUGUAGUUCCGGGGGGUGUUGGAACAAGCGAGAUGCUCGACGAGGGUCGGGGUAUUUCCCGCCAGAAUGUGAAAAUUGGCCUGAUACUUGGUUGCAACGGCUUGGUUUGGAUAGGACCUGCAAGGGGUAUGGAUUUGGGAGCUCAUCUUGGAUCUAUGAUUGCCACCACGGAACCUGCUCCAUGGAAGAGUUCUGAGAUGAUGGGCGAGAGAGUGGCUGUUGGAAGAGUACGUAAUGCGGUGCUUGCGUUGGCUGCCUGUGGGCAUGCUGUCUGGGAGACUGCUGUUCUUGCUGCUUGCGAAGCAAGUUUUGUUGAGGAAGCACAGGAAGAAACGUACUAUGAUAAUCCUGAGGAUGAGAAUGGUGUACCGAUCACAAGAUUGCUUCUGCCAGAUCAACAAAGGCAUCUGGUUGAUUUGGUUAUUGCCAAGCUGGCGGCUGGAUAA